AUUUUAAUGCAAUGUACAUAUGUAGAAAAUAAAUCAUUAUUAGCGUAUCAUUGGUAUCUUCUGUACGGAUAUGCCAUUGUUUUCAAAUAAAUUUUCCCCCAAAAAAACUCCUACGAGAAAAGUGGGAGUUUUCUUAGCAAACAAAGACUUUAGUCCGAAGCGUAUAGAGAAAGAACUCGGACCCAAUAUUGGUCCUAUACGUUUAAAAUUGGGAGAUCAAGAAACUGUCUUCGAAUCUGGUUCGUGGAUUCCAGAAUCAGGCAAAAUUGGAGGUACAUAUAAGGAAAACGAGAAAUUGAAGAAAGAAUUAAGGAGAUUGGAGGAUGAAAAUAAUUUGUUAAAACUAAAAUUCGAAGUACUUCUAGAUAUGUUAACGCAAACAACAGCAGAAUGUCAUUCACAGAAAGAAGAAUUGGAUGAAUUAAGGCAGAAAUUAUCACACAACAAAGAUAGAAGAUCUUAACACAAAGGCACA